CAUUGUUAACAGUCUUGCUGUAUGUAAUACAGCACACUUUUACGUCCGCUUAGAAUACGGUGAAAAGUGCCGGUUAAAACACUUCUCUUGUCUUCUGUUAAACGGUAUUAAUUUAAUAAGAAAUAAUCAAAAUCUCAGAAAAAUGUGCGGAAUUUGGGCAAUUUUUGGAGUCUCAUCCAAUCUACAUAAUUAUUGUGCAAACACAUUUACAAAAAUUACUCACAGAGGACCUGAUGCUUGGAGGGUGGAAUAUGACAAUAAACUAAAGAACUGUUGCAUAGGAUUUCAUAGAUUGAGCAUAGUCGACUGUACAUAUGGUAUGCAACCCAUGAAACUCCACCAAUAUCCCCAUUCAAUGCUGAUCUGCAACGGAGAACUUUACAACUUCAAAGAAUUGGGGAAACAGUUUUCUUUCGAUUACGAAACUAAAUGCGAUGUGGAAUGUGUCUUCCACUUGUAUCAAAAAUUCGGUAUUGAGGAGUGUUGUAAGAAUCUCGAUGGCGUGUUUGCCUUUUGUCUGAUAGACGUUCCGAAAAGGAAAGUUCUGUUGGGACGCGAUCCCUAUGGAGUACGGCCGCUAUUUAGGAUUCUAAGUGAGGACGGAAUCCUUGGAGUCUGUUCAGAAGCUAAAGGUUUGGUUUCAAUUGCGGAGGAGUUGAAUGGACACGGAAGGAAAUUAGAGCCCUUCCCACCCGGCACUUUUGAGGAAUAUGAUCUCUUAGAUAAUGGGACCGUCAAAUUAGUACAAAGUAAAAGGUAUCACUUGCCAGGUGAUAAACCAUCGUUUAAACCGUUCGUGUUGUAUGAAGACUUGGCACCAAAUGAUCAUCUGAAGAACAUCAGGACAUUAUUAACAUCUUCAGUAAGAAAGCGUCUAAUGGCAGACAGGAGAUUAGGAUGUCUGUUAUCUGGGGGAUUAGACUCUUCUUUAAUAGCGUCUUUGCUGGUCAAAGAAGCUAAGAAAAUCAACUUACCUUACAAAAUUCAAUCGUUUGCUAUUGGCAUGGGUGACAGCCCCGACAUAAGGGCUGCAAGAGAAGUAGCAAAGUAUAUUGGAACUGAACACCACGAGAUCAUUUUUACCGAAGAAGACGUUAUUAAUGUCUUGGAUGAAGUAAUUUACACGUUGGAGACGCCUGAUAUAACUACAAUCAGAGCGUCCAUAGCUAUGUACCUGAUUGCUAAGUAUAUUAAGGAAAACACCGACACCACAGUUUUGUUCAGUGGGGAAGGCGCCGAUGAACUGGCACAAGGUUACAUCUACUUCCGUGAUGCUCCGAGCACUGAAGAAGCCCAUCAGGAGAGUAAAAGACUACUGAAAGAGAUUUACUUGUUUGACGGAUUGAGGGCUGACAGAACUACAGCAGCACAUAGUCUUGAACUUCGGUGUCCGUUCCUUGACAUUCAGUUUACAAACUAUUAUUUGUCGAUGGAUCCUGAAUUGGCCAGACCUAAGGAGGGAGUUGAGAAGUAUUUAUUGAGAGCAGCUUUUGACAAACAAGACACUUUGCCGGAUAAAAUUCUGUGGAGACAUAAAGAAGCUUUCAGUGAUGGUGUGGCAUCGAAAAAGAAGUCCCUCUUUGUGACAAUACAAGAAAUCAUUGAAAAAAGGAUGCCGGAACCUUUCGACCAAGAAAUAGCAUCAAAGAAAUAUCCUCAUUGUACGCCAAACUCAAAAGAAUCAUUAUAUUACCGAGAGGUGUUUGAAAAGAGUUAUCCAAAGUUGGCAGAAAACUUUGUACCUUUCUAUUGGAUGCCCAGAUGGGUUGAAGGCAUCACAGAUCCAUCCGCAAGGUUUAUAAAGCAUUAUGCAGCUGAGCAGAAAUAAUUUUUUUGAAGAAACAUAUUUUUAUUUAUGUUUAAAUAAAAUUUUUAUAUUUUAA